AUGGACUAUCUAACGUGGGCUUUAGUUAAUGGGCUUGUUGGUUCCAUUAACUUCAUAAUGAAUAUGUUUUACAUCUUCUGCAUGGUGCGUCCACUUCAUGGAGAAAAGAUCAAGCAACCUCUGAAGCUUCUUCUGUGUAUUUUGAUCGGCAGCACAACCAUUUACCUGAUGUCAACUUUUGGCAUCGUUUUCUCUGAAGAAAAAGAAGAAAACGACUGGARUGCUCAGGUUUCCUUUUUGCUCUCAGUCUCCUGUUUGUCCAUCAGCGUGUCCUCRUCUGUUUGGCUCAACUUCUUUUACUACACCCAGAUUGUUCCUGCACAGACAGCCCUCUUCCUCUGGAUUAAGAAAAACAUCAAACCUAUCAUCUUCUGCAUUAUGAUUUUUGAAAAACUUUUCAGUUUUUUCGAUUUUACUCUGGUACUUUUAAACAUUGAGUUUGAAUUCCAUACAACUUUUCCAAACGAAACACAACUAAUUAUACAUGAGAUAGAUUUGAUAAGCAAUUCAGAAGACAUAUUGACAACUCUACAAUGCAUACAAAGGUUUCGCUUUUAUUCAUCUUUUCUUGUUAUGAUGAUGUCCAGUGGCGCCACUGUAGCCUACCUGUGCAGGCACAUGCAGCGUAUGGUUGCAAAUGGACAACACGUUUCCCAUCCACGGUUCAGCAGCCAGGUGAGGGUCACCAUCACCGGAAUUGUCCAGGGGCUCGUCUAUCUGUCUUUGUCUAUUUGGACAGAGUACACUUWUCUAGUUAGCCACUAUGGAUCUACAAGCAUAGGUCCCUAUAUUCGCUCCACAGUCAUAAACUUUUACAUGUCUGCCACUGGGUUCAACCUGGGAGCUGGUCAGGCUGUAUUCAGGCAGAGAGCGGCAGACAUAUGGACCAGAGUGACCAGUUGGGGCAAAGCUCUCACAGRGCAACCACCAGCGCAUGGAGCAUGA